AUGGACGUCGCAUCAGAGCUCUUCCCCAACGGCGGUUGGGAUGUUCACCACCACAUUUUCGACCCCUCUCGAUUCGCAUACUCACCGACCCGCCACCUCACUCCUCCCCCAGCGACCAUCGACCAAUUCAUUGCCUUCAAGAAGAAACUCGGAAUCAGCAAGUCAGUUCUCACACAUGGAUUGUCGUACGGCUCCGACUGCUCCUCGCUCCGCGGGUUCGUCGCCGACCUCGGGGAAGGCAACUCCAAGGCCGUCGGCGUCAUUGAUCCCGAUACAGUCACGCCAGACGACCUACACGACAUGCAUCGCGCAGGAAUUCGCGGCAUCCGCGUGAACUUAUACCAGUACCGCGCCAUGCACGACGUCGAGCUCCAAAAGGCAGCAUUGCGCGCUCAUGCAUCCGCGAUCCAGAAGCACUGUCCAGGCUGGAGCAUGGCCUUUACACAUACGCACCCCGAGUUCUGGACUGAGUUGAAACCGUUCAUCGAGGAGGAGAUUGUGCCUACCGGAAUCAGGCUGGUGACUGAUCAUUUUGCGCUCCUCAAGGGGUCCAGUAUGGCUUCGGUUGAGGGCGUCACGCACCAGCCGGGGUUUCGGGAAAUUCUGGACCUCGUGCGCGCUGGACAUCUUUAUGUAAAAAUCAGUGCGCCGUACCGGGUGAGCACGCAGGCUCCAGCGUAUGAAGAUUUGAAGCCUCUGGUCCGCGCAUUUUUUGAUGCAAACCCGCAGCGGGUUCUGUGGGGGAGUGACUGGUGA